AUGCCACGGCGACCUCAUAGAAAGUCACGUUCAGGCUGUCUCCGUUGCAAGAAGCGACACAUCAAGGCAAGUUACGGGCACGAGCAUUUUUGCGAUGAGAGACGUCCCCGAUGCGUCAACUGCCAGACGGCUGGGCUAGACUGCGCGUUCGCGCCAAAUACAUCUGCGCCUACCACCCCAUCCGUGGAGACAGAAACCGCAGGGCCUAGCAUUUCGGAGACUUCAACACCAGGCCAGCAACGGCAAGGUCAUGGACAGUUCAAUGUGACACCCACAUUUUCUCCCUCAGAGACAUCAGAUGCUGUUCUGAACAUGAAACACCUUGAAUUAUUGCAUCAAUUCGUCACCUCCACGUACAGGACCUUCAACGAUAACAACGAGGUUGGAGAGGUCUGGAGAACGUCGGUUGUGCGCAUGGCUCUUGGGCACCCAUACCUUAUGUACGAGCUCCUUGCAAUCUCGGCUCUGCACCUCGCUUACUGCCGGCCCGAAUCCUCUCCAUGGUAUUACACCACAUCCACGGAGCUGCAGACUCAAGCCCUCAAUUCUUUCAACAGCAUUCAACGGGAGGUCGACGCCUCGAAUUGCGGCCCAGUCCUCAUGUUCACAUCGCUUCUUGCGGUUCAUGUGCUUGCGGACCCCUCGCGCACGGUGGGACUGGGCAUGAACCAGUAUCUUGACCACGUUAUCCAUUGUAUUAUGCUCAUGCGCAACGUCCAAAAGCUGGUCAUUCAAGACUGGUACGAAGAUCUCAAAAACUCCGAGCUAGGGCCUAUCUUUGGGGUUACGCAGCCUGAAAAGCCAUACCAGAUACCCCGGCAAUGUCUCGACUUGGCCAAGCUAACCGAGAGCUCGGACUUAGGAGAGCAAGCCAAGGAAACAUAUAACUCAGCGAUCGACCGCCUGCACUGGCUCUACGCUGUUUCAAACGUGCCCAAUGAAACCUAUAACACCGUGCGAUGGCUCCUUGCGUGGCCGAUCCAGCUCAACGGGGAUUAUCAGGACAAAUUAAACCAGCGACGGCCUGAGGCUCUCGUCAUCCUUGCAUACUUUGCCGUCAUGCUCAGAUUCUACAAGGAUUGUUGGGUGGUAGGAGACUCUGGAAAGUUCCUGAUUGAAUCGAUAUCCGCACAUCUUGGUCCUCACUGGGGGGAAUGGAUGGAAUGGCCGUUGUCAUUCCUCGCCGACGCAGGUGAUACAGGCUGA